UUCAUAGGGUUACGAUGAAAAUUCCAUUAAUGUCAAAAUCAAAACAAGAGAAGUAAACCCCUCACGUUUUCUACAUGCCAAGUUUCCUCACAGUUAUCGUGGAAUAGCCAAAACGUUGUUUUCAUAAACGUAGACAUAUGUGAAUGCAAAUGUAAGACGGUAUCUGGCAACUGUGUGAUCAACGCGUAGAAGGGAGGUCGGCUGAGGCUCCCGUCUCAGAGUGCCGCGUGGAAGAGACAGAGAGUGGCUUUCGACGCAGACAUGAUGGUCCUCACGCAACUAAUUAGAGGCCGGACCCAUCCUGCAGGAUUUCAUAUCAACAUCCACAGGAGGCCUCCGCGGAUCCCCAAGAGGAGUAACAUGAUCAGGUCCUCCAGCACGCUAUGCACUGCGCUCGUCCCGUCAAGAACCUUCGAUCUCGUGUCAGAUCUGCGUCGAGGAAAUGAACUUCUCUCCUGCUACUCCCUCCGCCCAUGGAACGGCGCUGGGAGGAGUCACUUUGGCACGUCGUCGCCCAUGGGAGAAGAUCACUACGAUUCUUCUUUUAGCUUUUUCAUCCUCAACAGUCAGGAUUUCGAGGAAGUGAGAGCGUUCUUGGCACUGUAUUUCUUCCCCAAAGAACCGCUGACGAUAGGCGCUCGCUGUGAGGGCGAAGUCGACUUGAGUGAUCUUAUCUUGAAAUGCGUGUCGUCGGGCGUGUCCGUUGGUGCUCGGGACAAGGCCACCGGGGAACUGGUGGGCGUCAGGCUUAGCAGCAUCUUAUCUUCGAAGCCGAAGACAGAACCCCCGCCAGAUUCCAUUCCGCCGGAAGUGGCGAAGGUGAUCAAUAUGCUGAACCACCUGUGGGAGGCCGUGGACGUCUUCGAGGACCCAGGUGUGGAGCGAAUCAUGAAGAGCGACAUCCUCACUGUGCACACCGGCUACAACGGACGAGGGCUGGCGAGGGCCAUGGUUGAGAGAAGUGAGCGCCUAGCGAAGGGAAGGCACUGCCACCUGCUGUACACGCAACCCACGAACGCCAUCUCCGCCAGAAUCUUCUCUCAGCGAGGCUACGACACGAGAUACACUAUCGACCUAGACACUCUGCUGGACGACCAGGGCAAGCGUGUAUUCGACACGUCGCUCAUGUUUGGCAACAAUGUUAUCAGAGUUAUGAGCAAACGCGUGGAAUCGGGGUAGUAUGAAGGGAUGUGGCUGGGGUCAGGGUAGGGGGGGGGGCGGUUCCCAUCUCUGUAGAUUAAUUUAUCUACAGAUAUCAUGCUUCAUAUCAAAGUGGGGUAUUUUUACGUCGGAUUACACGGAUUAAAAAUCUGACAGGGUAAUUUGAUCAAUUCCUUUCAAAAGCACACGACAGGCAUUAGAAUUAGAAUAACAAAAAAAAUUGGCUUUCAGGUCAAACACGAAUAGGCUCGGUACAAACUACGCAUUAUUCAUCUAUCUGUGAUUUAAAGAUAUAUGAUUCAUUCAGGGAGCAAAUACACGAAUACCAUGAGAAAAAAAAUCAUGAUUAAGGAAGUAACAUUCUGCCCCCAUGGUGAUACGGCAUGUUUUUUGUGGUUGUUUGUGGGUUCUAUAAGGCCAUGACUACGCAUUUCACUUUCAGGCAGCUUGCCCUUUGUACGAUGUCUGCAUUUUCUAUCUUCCUUACAAUUACGUGUUAUUGUAUAUCGUUGGGGUCAUUUUACCGAUUCAUGAAUUACGAAUUAAAUAUUUCAAAGCA